AUGUCUACAACAACCACCUCCAUACAGCUCACCGACACCGUCGGCUGGGCUUCUAGCCGCCCCAACGCCACCACCACCACCAGCAGGAGCAGAGCCGCCCCAGGCCGGACCGAGGAUGAGGUGCUCGCCGCCUCGCGCGAGGUCGACUCCGCGGCGCCCGACGGCGGCUACGGCUGGGCGAUUGUCGCGAGCGGCUGCGUGCUCAUGUGGUGGGGUGUCGGCACGACGUACGCCUGGGGCGUCAUCCAGCGCACGCUCGUCAACGACGGGCUCGCGGGGCCGGCCGUCGUGUCCUUUAUCGGCUCGCUGCAGGCGGCCAUGGUGUCGCUGUGCGCGACCGCGAAUGCACGGCUGCUGCAGUAUCUGGGCCCGCGGCGCACGGCGCUGACGGGCGUCGCGCUGAUGGGCGGGUGCGAGAUUCUGAGCAGCUUCACGACGCACAACCUGGGCGGGCUCUUCGUCACGUCAGGAGUGUUGUUCGGGCUCGGUGUCAGCUUCAUCUUUUGUGUCAUCACCUCCAUUCCUUCACAGUACUUUAGCAAGAAAAGAGGACUCGCAAAUGGUCUCAUAUUUGCAGGCAGUGGUCUGGGCGGCGCAGCGAUUAGUUUUGCGCUGGAUCCUCUGAUUGAAAAGAUUGGCCUCCCCAUGACUUAUCGCGUGCUCGGCAUCACGACUCUUGCCACCGGACUGCCAGCAGCCUGGAUCAUGAAGGAGCGUACAAGCUUACCUCGGCGCAAGUUUAUUGACUGGAAAAUGUUCAAGUCGGUCAAUUUCGUCUUAAUCUGCGCCGCCACGGCCAUUGGCACCUUUCCGCUCUACGUACCGCCCUUCUUCCUCCCGCUGUACGCCAACUCUCUCGGGUUCUCGUCGGCGACUGGUGCUGGCCUCGUCGCUGGCUUCACGCUGUCGUCUGCGGCCGGUCGCAUCGUCUGCGGCUACCUGUGCGACAUCAUGGGCGCCAUCAAUGUGCUCUUUACGUCGCUUCUCCUGACAGCCGUGAGCAUGCUAGCCAUCUGGCCCGCUUCGACGACGCUGGGCCCUCUAGUUCUUUUUGUAGUCAUCAACGGCCUUUCCAACGGCGGCUUUUUCUGCACCAUGCCGACUGUGGCGAGCAACGUCUUUGGCAGCGCACGAGUAAGCACGGUCAUGAGCAUGAUCAUCACGGGCUGGAUUGGUGGCUACUUGAUGGGCGCUCCGAUUGCUGGCUAUCUGUUGGAAGCGUUUGGCGGCGCGGAAAAGGGUCUGACGGCAUAUCGACCUGCCAUGCUGUACGGCGGCUCUCUCAGUCUACUGUCGGCGUUGUUGGUGCUCAUUGCAAAGUUUAGGGUUAACAAAAAGGUGUUUGUCAAAGUGUAG